AACCAGUCUGCUAAUAUAAAACCAACACAAAUUUUCUUUUGAAGGAGAGAGACAAUGCUCUAGCGGCUAAAAGAGAUAUGGAACGAGAAGUUGAUAUUGUUAAAGAAAGACUUGAAGCCAAUCAGAGAGCUCUUGAUGCCACACGUAAUGAGUUAGAACUCCGUGAAGGACGAUUGAAUCACCUGGAUCGUGAAUACCGAGAGACAGCGAACAAUACUCGUAGUACUUCCAGUCAGUUUAAUCUGUUUAAAGAACAACUUGCGGGUAUGUUGAGUAACAGUUACACCAGCGUCUCGCCCAGUGAAGAAAUGAUCAAAGAAGCCGUAUUGGCCUUAAGUCAAAAUAACAAGGAACUUGUACUGCAAGUAGAAACUCUGGACAACAGAGUCAAAAGUUUAACGGAACAACUGGAUAAUCAGAUUGAUAUGCAGAGAAGUCUGGCACAGCGAGCUAAACGUGCGGAAACUGACGCGGGAGAUUUAGAAGAAAAGUUACGAAUGGCUGAAGGAGAUUUAGCAGCAACGGACGUGUUGAGAGAUGGUUUUAAAUCAGAUAAAGAAAGGUAUAUGAGAUGUUUACAGCGAUUGGCUGAAGCCAUGAGAAUGGAUAAAAUUUCGGCCGACCUUGGUUUUGAUAUGAUACUCGAGGCCUUAGAGGCCCGUGCUCAGCAACUAGUAAACAUGGAACAUCAUAAACUCGCCGAUAAAACCAGCACAACGUAUAAUCUUCAACGCAAGGUGAAAACGUUACGAGACCAGCUUGAGAGUAAAGACCUCCACCUUGAUCUACUACGCAAGAAGGUGACGAAUCUAGAAGAACGUCUUCAUGGACGAGCAGAGUUGGAGAAAGAUCGAGAUUCCGAUUCACUCCGCGUUAAAAAAUUAGAGAAAGUCAUUUCUAAAUAUAAACUACAAAUACAAGAUUCACGCCAAGAAAUCAACAAUUUAAAAGCUCAACUUCUCGGUGCAUCAGAUUUAAGAGCUAGAACUUUAGACCAACAAAGAGAUGUUCAAGAAUUAGUGAAACAAGUUGAAGAACUGGAAAAUCUUCGCAAACAUCAGUCACACAAAAUAUCCAAACUUAAAGAAGAACUUCAUCAUCAUGGCUCAGAUUUCCAAGAGAAACGAGUUGUAUCGGAGAACGCUGUUCAUGCCCUAUCCGGGGAACUGAGGACUACUAAAACAGCACUGACAGCCAUUCAAAAUAGAGAAAAACAGUUGCUAGAUUUCCGUAACGUAGUUGCCAGAAUGUUGGGACUGGAUAUAAACACACUGGCCGUUCCAGACUACGAAAUUAUUUCCCGUUUAGAGAAUUUUGUCAAGUCACACAAUACACACGCUUAUGUUAACAUGAAUCUGGACGAAGCUCUGGCCGAUGUGGAAGAUGGAUUCUUGAGUGGCUAUGAAGAUUCAACGAGAAUAGUUCGCGAUCCAGCAGUACAACGUUCCAGAGACCGAUCACGAAGAAAGGCAGCCAAAGCUCGUGCCAGAGCUCGAUCAUUAUCACCUCAGAGACGUGACCCCCGUCGUUAUUAAUAAAUGUUAUAGUUUAUGUUAUCUAAUAUGUAUCUGUGAUCUGUGAUAUAAUUGUAUUAUAUUUAUGUUAUAGAAAAAUAUAGAGAAGAAAAAUAAAAAAAAAACCUGGUGAUAUUUUACAGGGUUAUAGUCUCAGUUAUAGUUACUGGUCUUGACUGACUGGUAGUCAAAUUUGAAUGACUGACGCACUGGUAGUCAAUUUGACUGACUGGCUGACUGGUAGUCAAAUUUGAAUAACUGACUGGCUGGUAGUCAAAUUUGACUGACUGGCUGGUAAUCAAAUUUGACUGAAAUUUAAACACAACAAUGACAGUUAAAUUGAUAGUUUUUAUGUCUAAAAUUACUUAAAAAUAUAUUUACCAAAUUGGGAUGACGCUAAAAUUGUCAUUCCUUAGAAAAAAGCUAUAAUUUUCACCGUGAAAUAGUCUGAUUUGAGUAGGAGUAUAACCUUGUGGCAUUCCUGUAAUUUUAUAGAUCUUUAUUGUUAUUUUAUCUUAAUGAGAAAAUAAAUACGGCAGGUUAUAAUUAUUUAAAUGUUUUAUUCUAUCAUACUCUCAUCCUAACUAUUUAUUUAAUUAUCUAUGACAACACCGUGCCGAGGAGGACAUGGUGACAAUCAGGGCAUGACACUGUGCCGAGGAGGGGAGGACGACGUUCAUUUGAAUAAAAGGUUUAUUUUAAUUUAUUUUUACAAAUUUAAAAUGUCUUGCUUGAGUCUUGGAGACAUACAAUCACCAAGUUGGCCCCCAGGAAUCAACAGACCUCUUCACGCCACUGCACGACAAUGAUGUAUAUGAUAUCUGUCUAUAUAAAUAUAUAUAAUGAUACAUGACAAUGUUUCAAUUAAUCUCCUUGUAACUUAUCUUGUAAUAUAAACUUUUAUAUUUCAUAUUAUUUAACUUUUAUAAUUAUACGUAAGGAACUCAAGAUCAAAGCACUUUUUAAAUAAAAUAAAAGUUUGUUAGCUGGGUGUGAUAUCCUGAACAAUGUUAUCAGGUGUUUUAGAAAGAAAAAGCAUACACAACCUCAUGCACUAUUUGUAGCUAAAACUUACAUAGUCUCCAAGGAAUCAAGAAUCUUAUUUGUGAAAAAAAACGAAACAUCUCUUAGGAUCCAAUAAACAAAAAAAUGUAUUUUUAAUUUCUGAAAUGAGAAAUGGUAUCAGAUGGUCUAGAAGAGAAAGCAUACACUAUUAUUUGUACUACAUGUAGCUAAAACUGGAAAGUCUCUGCCAUUCUUGAAAUCAUCAUUAUAAUUUAAAAUCUAUUUUAAGAGAAGAAUAUUGUUGAGUAGGAAAUACAAGUGUUUUUAUCUCCUAUCGUUGUAUAUUUUAAUAUCUUAAUAUGUCCAUAAAUAAUCUCUUGUAGAUAGAUUUAUAUAUAAAAUAUGGUAUAAUCAAAAACUGCCUUGUGUCAAACGGUCCAAUUUUAUAUAAUAAUGCUCCUUCGCCAAAUUGGCAUUCUUAAAGCCGUUGAUGGUCGUUUUUAUUUUUUACACAAUAUCUAAAUUUUUCACAGUUGAAUCUGUAUUAUAUUAUAGUUAAACAUACAUUAUGCAAGAGCUAAAUCUGUCUAUUGCAGGUCUUUCUUUAGGCCUGAUAUGUUCUAUAAACUAUUAAUUACACAUUUAUUAACUUAUCCAGAUCAUAAUCAACUCUCGAUGCUAUCUUGUGUGUCAGAUUUUUACUUGAUUUGAAUCCGAUCUGCUGCUCAAUUGUCAUUGAUGAUUUAAUCCAAUAAUGGAUAAUCGAGACUGUUUUUUACCGUACUGACUUUAGUAAUAAUGAUCAUGGCUAGGUCUAAAAUUCAAACGCUAAUAUCCCGGUUCAAAGUAGAGCAAUUAGACUGAAAUUUUCAGCCUUUACAUUAUCUAGUUUUUAACUAUUAUAGUGCUUUAUCAGCGCUUUAUCUAAUCUCCCAUAAUGCCCCUAUAAAGAUACAUUAUGUAAAAUUUAGAUAAAAAGCUGGUCGUUCUUGCUAUCAUAGUUUAAAAUUAGAUCAUGCAAUUAAUGAAUAUACCGUAUUGAAAAUUUCAUUCAAAUUAAUUUACUUUGAACAUGCAUACGUGUAUGGAAAUUUGUGCAUUAUAAAUAUACACUAUUAUUAUUAUCCUGAGCGAAGUAAUCACUGUUUGAAGUUUUGACAAGAUAUGGCAUAGAUUGUUGAUUAUCAGAACAACAGUACUUGUUGGUCUAGACUUAACCUUAUUUAGUAUUGUAACAAGGGUACUUGUUGUUCUAGACUCAACCUUGUUCAUUAUCGUAACAACAGUACUUGUUGUUCUAGACUUAACCUUGUUUAUUAUCUUAACAACAGUACUUGUUAUUCUAGACUCAACCUUGUUUAUUAUGGUAACAACAGUACUUGUUAUUCUAGACUAAACCUUGUUUAUUAUCAUAACAACGGUACUUGUUAAUUGAGACUCAGUCACGUUUCUCCAUUUGUAAAUUAAAUCAUUAAAUGGUGGUCGUGUUUUAAUCUGUUUAAAUCUCCACCAUACGAUGAACUAUAGAGUUGAUUAUAGGCUUGUCAUAUGAAUAAUUGUUUAAUUAAUAGUUUAUAUAAAAUCUGAAGCCAAAAUUAGGAUCUGUAACAGUCAGACUUGGCUUGUACAUAAUGUGUCUUUAAGGAAACAAAACCAGCUGUAGAUAACAAUAUCCAGUCACGGAUUCAAUCAGAUUUAAACGAGGUCCACUAAAAGACAUUACUCACUAUUUAUAGGUGGCGCUAACAUGUUUAUAACGUCUGCAGAGGAUGCCAAAUUCAAAAUCCCUGAAAUGAUGAUCAUCGGCUAUGAGAAAAUUUUUUUAAAGUAAAACAAAAAAUCACGAUAUCCACAAUAUUUAGCUGUUUCGAAGUUUCGUUAUAUUUAAGAAUAAUAUUGUGAACCGUCGUGAUGAGAUACAGCUAACAUAAUUUUAAUAUUUUGUGUUAAUAGAAAUUGUGUAUAAAAUUCUUUUAUUUUUAUUUAAUAAAAUUUUUAGUGCAUCCAAAAAUAAAAUAUAGGGGCCUUUUUUUUAUAAAUAUUUCAUUGAGACCUUUAAAUAUGAAAUGUCUCAAGCAAUAACAUUCAUCAUUUAUCGUUUUAAUUCAUAUAAACUUGUGAUUCUUGUAUUUAAAUCUACGUCUUCUUUUUCUAAUGGUCUAAUUAAAAUUAUGU